UAAAAUAAAAAAUUUAUUUUUUGGUUAAUUUGAAAAUGAUAAAUAAUAGAAAUAAGGAAAAUAAUUUAAAAUUUUUAAUGAUUUUUAGGCUGACAUGGCGUGUUGACUAACGGUCAACGGUGUUGACUGUCCAAAUUGACGUUCAAACCAUGUGUCGGGCCAAUUGAGUCUAUAUGCUGCAUAGUUGAGGACAGGAUGUUAAUUUCUGAAAUCACGUGCCAAAAUUGAUUAUAUAAUUAUAGUUCGAACCAAAAUAAGGUAUUGACCCUAUUUUGAAAUACCACAUGUGUUGAACGUCCACACUUUGGUUCUCCAACCCAACCUAUUGGUGGCGCUCCUCGACCAAUUCGAGCUCCUAGCUAACAUUGGGAACGAUAAAGAUCUGGGCAUGCACAAGUUGAACGUCGAUAUCUCAGUUUUGAAUAAUGGUAGAGUUGGUAUGGAAAUCGUGGUUCCCGUAUGGAUGAAAAAAUUUCACAUGGUUGUUUGUCGACUCAUAGAGAACUAGAACUCGGAAAUUAGCUGAAGCAAUGGGCUUUUACUAGGGUUUGUAGAUGGCGAACAUCCACUUUCUGUUAUUAUCAGCCCUUAUGUGACCAAAACAUUCUCUCCGAACAUCCUUCAGUGACAGUUAGGUUUGUCAAUCAAACUCAUCAUUGUGAGUACUCGACCGCCCCCGACCUAAUCAAUGCGGGAAAUUCUUAUAUUGAUUGGGUAUGGGGCGGAUAUGGGUAAAACCAGCAAAAAGUUUAAUGGGUAUGGGCGGAUAUGGUUUUAGCCUCCCCUGCCCCAUACUCAUACCCGCCCCACCAAGAAUAUUUCUUUAAAUAUAAAAAUACAUGAAUCAAAUAAUUUAUCUAUGAUUGUAAAGGUAACUCAAGACAAUAAAUACUAAAAAUACAAUUGAGUGACCACCCAAAUCCAAAUCUAAUUUCUUUCAUUAAAUUCUUCUUUCCUUCUUUUACUUUUUCCUCUUGUUAACAAGAUAAUUAUAUUAGUUAAUUAUUACUUAAUUAGUAGAUGUAUCAGAGUUGAAUGGGCUUGACCUACACGGGAUUUGCCUAUCAAGUAAAACAAAUGAACAUCAUGGGUUUGUCAUUCUAAAACAAGCUAUUUUCUCUAGCAUAAUGUAUAUUAUGCUAUUAUUUUAUAUCUUAGUGGCUAAAAUAUAGUGUAUUCUAAAGUUAUUCAAUGGUUCAACAUCGACCAACCCAAUUAUUCCAAUUUUUAUCAUUUCAAAUAGAUAUUAUGUAAUUAUUUGAUAUCAUAAUGAUUAAAUUAUAGUGUAUAUUAUAGGGAAUCGUUUGGUAUUUGUUAGUAAAAAACUAAACAGAAAGAUCUAUUUGGUUAUUUUUAACAUUAAAACGAUCCUAAACAUUUUCAGUUUCCUUUCGAAAUUCUAUAGUUUUAUUCCCGAAUCAGUGAUGUGCAAAUGGCGAAUUGCAGUCAUCUCUUUUCUUUCAUUAGUUUUUAUUUUCAAAUAGAAAGUUUACAAGUAAAGAAUAAUUAGAGUUUGGCAUGGGUAGGUCAAACAGACUGAAUUUCAAGUUUUGGCCUGUUUUGAUCAAGUCUAAUUUAUAAUCACAUGGUUCCCUUAUACCCGAUAAAAGUCUCAAUCUAAACCAGUUUGGCAGGUGAGUUCGUGUUUACCACCAUUUUCUAGGGAUACAGGAACGGUGGUUCCUAUCCCAAAUCGUAUUGUUCAUUCUUGAUUUCUUUAGAUUUUAUCAUGGCUUGGCAAAAAACCAGAAAGCACAAUGAUGACAAGAUGAAAGGUUUAUAAAGCAAAUUAAUCGGCCAACGAGCCGAGUAAAAGCUAGCAACGAUUGUGAGAUGCUCAUUUCCCGAAAACCUGCGGGAUAGCCGAUUUGUUAUUCGAUUUUCUGGAAUUUGGUUUCUAUAAAACUUACUCCAUCUCAUCAUAUUACCAGAAACAAUAUUAUUUCACAAGGUAACAGAUACUUGAUUUUGGUUCAUAAGGCUGAUUUUUUAUUCGUAGCAUCAUUCAUGUCUCUUUCCUACUAAAAUUCACUAUUUUUAUCACGUGUUUCCCAAAAAAAACUAUACAACAAUAAGCUAUACACCCCAUUACAUUAUUAAAUUUCAUACCUCACCUUCCUCCGGCCGAAUGGCCGAGGCACACGCUAGUUCACUAAUAUUUACAAGAGGGUUGUCAUUUUAAAAAUCAAUACUGAAUAUUUGUGACAUUUUUUAUAUAUAUAUAUAUAUUAUCAAGAUGACUAUCACUUAUCAAUACUGAAUAUUUUUGUUUGUGCCAAAUGGCCGGGACCUUAAACAAGCAUAUACUUUACCCAUAUUUUAUAAAAAGAAGCACAUUAUUAGCGGGAUUUAUUCGAGCUGUUAUGGUAGUGGCACUCAACAACCACACAGCAACAUUGCAAAUUUGCAAUUGCUAACCCAUCGAUACAAAAGGCAGCAAUUUAACCACAAAAUAUUGUAGAAAAGGUGGAAGGGGAAGGGGCCACUUAACUAUCAACCAAACCCACAUAUUUAUAAUCUUCAUUAUCAUGAUGAUUCAUGAACUAACUUAAAGUAAAGCCAUAUUAUUAUGCCAAAGCAAGUUAAAGAAAGAUUACCAAAUGCAAAGUUGUGUGAGUGGCCCAUAUCUUUCUAUUUUAAAGCAAAAGCCAAGAGUUAAGCUGUUAAAGCAAUAUCUCUGGAGCCAGUUCAGUAUUGUGAUUUGUGUGCAUAAGAAGUUACCCAACACAUUUUAGUGGUAGGGCAUUUUGUAUUAAAAAUAUAGUUAAACCAUAAUUCACUCAUUUAUACCGGUAAAACAACUUAUUGAUUUGGGAUUUGGUACUUGAUAUUCUCAUCUGAUCGGCCGGUGCGAUACGGUUUCUAACAUAUUGGAUCAUGUCCGCCCACUUUUUGCUACUUGUAAUCCAAUUUAGGAUCCCAACCCCUUCCAAUCGACCCGACCCAAUAGUCUGGCAGCCCCUCCUCCCAUGCCUGACCAACUGGAGUUGAAUGGUCUAACGGUCGGGGCCUAUAGUGGCCCGCUACUCGGCCCAAACCACCUCUUUGCACAGUCUCCAUCAUUGGCCCAAAAGGCCACUCCGCCCAUGAUCAAACCAGGCUCAGACAACCCUUGUGGAUUUAGACCUCCUCAGCUCACCAACGAGCUCGACCCACUCGACCAAUGCACCCCGAAAGUUGAUAGGGCCUCCGACGUUGCCAGCAAACCUCGACAGAAAAUAUACGCGUGACGACGGGGCUGAUCGAUCGGACUUCCUCCUGCUCUGCCUGAAACCCCAACGACGGCCAACGAACCCCAACAUGGGCCAUUUGCCAUCACUUCACCUGCAUUGGUCUCCUAGUCUCGAAUGAUUUCCACUAGCACCGCCCGUGCUUGCUCCCUCGCCCUUUACGCCUGUCACUUGGGAAAGAUGUUGCCCUCACUUGGCCAUCCCCAACUUACUUCAUUGGCUUGCUUGACAAGGUCUAAGCAUCAACUCCUUCAAGAUUCCAAACCGCACAUCUAUGGCAUCUUCAUCACCUCCGAGCACUGUGAUGCAGUCUUAAUCAGUGGCGGAUCCAGGGGGUGGCCACCCCGGGCCCCGGCCCAGCCCUCAUCUGGAUCCGUAGUUAGUAUAGUCCUUAUGAAUUUUUCGAUUUUAGGCAUUUGGCUUAGUGUGAUUUUAUAAUAAAAUUGGGUAUAACUA